AUGGCACGUCCUAAGAAAGCCAGUGUGCCCACAAAAUCUUCCUUGUCCGAUGGACAUGGAAGGCGUAAGACUCGCAACAGCGCAUCGCAAGAGGAGGAGGAAGAUAUGCUCGACAACAUCACUCUGGCCCCACCGGUCUCAAAGCCAAAGCAGAAAUCGAACCCGAUCCUGUCCCUCAAAACACGUGGCGAAUUCGACCAUGUCGUACUCAAAGACGAGGCCGAUUGCAAUGACUACUUCACUAUGGCUGAUGGAUCCGAAGAGUAUCUGCGGAGCAUGAAAACUCUAGAGGUCCAUCUCGACACAACUAAACUGUUCGCAUAUACGGAGGACCGUUUCGCAAUGGCACUCAACAAGCUACACGCACAUCCCGACAAUGCUACCAAUCCUCACGACUUACAAACCCUUCGCCUAGUCGUGAAAGGCAACAUACUGCUCACGCGUUACAGCUACCACCUCAUAUCGCCAUUCCUAUCUGCCUUUGUAAACGACAAACUGAAGAAGUUUGCAGACGGCAAGCUGUCCGACGAGGAGAGAGAGAAGCUACCCUACAAGCUCAACAGCACGGAGAAGCUUCUCGCGAACGCGCUAAUGGGUAUUCGUGGAGUUAAGCAAGUUCAUAUUGAGGGCAGAGGGAAAGGAACGGUUGAGGCAGACUUUGCUGCCACUAUCAAAGCUACGUUGGUCCAGCCCCCGGGGACUGAUAUCUUGGAAGUAAGCGAUGAAGAGUCCGAGUAUUCCACACAUGUCUUGAACAGGCUUGGACCGAUUUAUUCGCCUGCGUAUUCUGGGGACGCGCUGAACCCAUACGCUUCUCUGGCUCCACCGGAAAUAGAGCUCGUGGACGAUUCGGAGGAAUCAGACGAUGAUGUGCUGGCCGCUGCUAUCGCAGAACCGCAUAAAAGUGUCAGACGCAGGCCGAAGGAGGAUGAUCCCGUCAUAAUGUCUGGGCCGAGAACGCGCGGAACGAUGGCCAAGAAAGCUGGAGAAGUCGAGGAGAACGACGGGAAUAGCGAUGAAGAGGAUGAGCACGGAUACCCUGGCUUGGGACUCAUAGAGAUGGUCCGAAUCUACAAGCAGAAGUCGCGUCCGGGCGAUAUAGAUUCGGAGCCCAGGUACGACGUAUUGCCAGUAGUCCUGACGGCGAGGGAGGAAGCGGUCGAAAUGGGCUGGAAGGUGUAG